GGCUGCUACGAUUAACGUUCAACUAAGAUAGUUCGCUAUGUCCGAUGAGUUUAUAUACUAGUAAGACGUCCUUGCUAUGCAUCACGGAAAAAAAACUAAUGAUAAUAAAAACUUUCACUUUCGCUCGUUUUGCUUCCUAUAUCACGAACCCUUUCAAGGUAAAGUCUGUCUUUUCCAUUGAAAGCACUUUCAUUUUUGCCUUUUGUGUAUCUCUUACUGUGUCGUCCUCAAAUUAGCGGUGAGCGAUUGAAUAGGUGUUGCGUAUGCUGAGUAUCAGGUGUCAAAGACAAUACCAUUUCACUUUGACCUUUACUGACGUCAUCAGUUCAUGGUGUUUCGGUGCUAACUUCCUCGUAGACAUUAAAGUGCGAGCGCGAAACUGGGCGUCCUUUCACGAUCGGACUGUUUUUAAUCUUUCUGAAGAUUGGCAGAAGGCCGUGGCUUCGACCGUGACAUGGACGCAAACGGAUACUCCCGUCCGCGGAAAUGGCCUGUUGAGGAAGAGGCCAGGUAUAUGUUUUCAUAUCCAAGGCCACCUUCGCAAGCCAGUACUCGCACAACGAUCGACAUGAAGGGAUAUGUUCCCAUGGCCAGGCUGCCUCGCUAUCCCGGUGCGCUUGACGACAGGCACAGCAGUAAGAAAGAAAGCUACAUGACUGGAGCAAGUGAGUUCGGCACUUUCCGCAGCAUUGGAUCUAAUACACAAGGGCAAAGUCGUCCUGUGUCCGAUAUUGGAUAUGUUGAAAUGAAGUCAGAGGAACCUGAAUACAUUAACGUGCCCAAUGUGAAAUACAACAAGGGAGAAGGAGUUCAUGGUGCAGCUUCAAUGGACUAUCACAUCCCAGUGCCCAGGGUUCUUGGACAGGCCAAAAAUGUUUUUGAGCACCACGUGUACGUCAACGUCCCCCCGCGGUCUCGUCUGACUAGCGGCGGGAUAGAGUGUUCUCCGGGUUCAUGUUCUUCUGGAGUCAGUCAUAUGUCAGAGUUUUCUCCGGAGUUUGUUUCACAUUCUCCGGGAGUCAGCGAUGUGUCCAGGUGUUCUCCGGAGUUUGUUUCACAUUUUCCUGGAGUCAGUGAUGUGUCAGGGUGUUCUCCGGAGUUUGUUUCACAUUUUCCUGGAGUCAGUGAUGUAUCAGGGUGUUCUCCGGAGUUUGUUUCACGCUCUCUUGGUGUCAGGGAUGUGUCAGGGUGUUCUCCGGAGUUUGUUUCACAUUCUCCUGGAGUCAGGAAUGUGUCAGGGUGUUCUCCGGAGUUUGUUUCACGCUCUCUUGGAGUCAGUGACUCAGAGAGUUCUCCGGGGCUCCAGUCACAGCCGCCUAUGUGUGACACAGCCCUUCUCCGCUCGACAUCAUCUCAAAACGAGGAGUUUGACAGCAGGGACAUGACAGGAGCAGGACACUUGGAGGAGGAACCGGAUUCAUGGGCUGACUACCGUCAUGUCGACAUGGAGCCGGUCGUAGGAGGGCGCUGCUACCAUGCCAAUCCGCGGCAUUUUGACGAGCUAGAGGAGCAAGGUUACAAAUGCAUCGUCUGCGUCAACCAGACCAACGCCUCCCGAGCGUUCGGCAUGUGCGGAACGUACGAACUGAAAGUGGACAUGGUGACCCCAGCCAUCAUCCUAACGCCCCGUGAGGGGUCAACAACCUCCAUCACCUGGCCUCUCCACUACAUCCGUCGGUAUGGCACAGAUGGGAACGGCAUCUUCCGUGUGGAGGCUGGGAGACGUUGUUAUCCUGGCCCAGGGAUUUUCAACUUCAGAGUCCUUUCUGGGAACAGUCAGGACAUACUGGACAAAGUCGAGCUGGCAAGUGAGAUGCACUUGAACUUGUCGGAUUAAACAGGAAUCCACCCAUAGUGAUGUAAAAUAGGCGUAAUCUAACAUCCGUUUUAUCAGCCAAACGUGGCACAGAAGUACAAUAUACGGAUUGCUACAGGCACUUGUUUUGUGGCAGGCAGAGAAUUCAUAUAUAACACAGAGCUAUUGCAGUAUCGGUGUGCAGAUUAAGACGUAAAUAGAGAUACUAGUACGUGCUGGCUCUUUCUCUUCAUGGAAAUAGAUUUCUUGUUGCCGGCAAUGUCAUGUUACAACUUUUAAAACACAGGCGUGUGUUUUUGUGCACUCAAAUUGGCUUUCGAGUCUGCAGAGAAUAUUUAUUCUGAGUUAUUCAUAAAAGUUACUUGCUGUGGCCUAAUAUAGAUGAUUAUUUAAGUGUCUGACAGAGCGAUCAUAAUUUGUUGUCAGGAGAAUUAUGGAACAAUAGACAAAGAAAAAUGGAUACAUAAUCAGAUUGGUAACAAGCGGGAUAUUCAAAUACAACUCAAUCUCUACUACUGUAUAAAGCGGCAUGUUUGUUGUUUUUAUUUUGUAUGAUCAAAGAACACAGGCUGUAUGAAGGAUGUUUGACACUUGGGAUUUUUGCACACAAUAUGUAAACAGAAAUUUGUUACACCAUAACUCUAAUUCAUAUAAUGAUGAAUAAAAUUGAGAGCUUUCACAAUUAUGAAAUUAAAUGUUCACAAUAGAACAAAGUACAACAAUAAGAUUACUGAGCUAUUGCAGAUCAAACUGACAACAAAUAUAUACAGAAAUAACAUGCCACAAAUACUAGUAGUUAAAGGAUUUUGCAGCAGACAUGUAAAAAGCACUAUGCACAAUUUCAUUAAGUUGUUGUUUGCACAUCCAAAUCAAAGACCACAUCUCUCUACACAACCACCGAACACCAUUCUGCGACACCAUGACACUAAAUGCCAAUGCACAAAUAUUGUGCAGGUAUACAACAAUGCAAUAUCAUGUAUUACAAUACACACAGGUGUUUCCUACACAGAGCCUUGCCUGUGCCCUAUGCAAUAUACCAUGGGGAGGUUCUGAUAAUCCAGGCUGAGGUUUCCACUUUUGUGGACAUAGUUUCUAUUUUACCAGCUGUCAGCAAAUCAUAGAAUCACAGAAAUAUUUUCUAGUGGUAAAGUCAAUUCUAUUAUUGGCUGACAGCUGGUUAGUGACCACAUCCACAAAAGUUGAAUCCUCAGCCCAUUUAUUAUAUAUAAUUAGCAGAGCCUUUCAACUUAUGUGGUAUUGUCCAAAGGGAGUCUCUGGAUAUGGCCAUGAAGGAAGAUAAAGGGGAACAGUCCAAAAGCCAUAUAAGUCAACAAAAGGCUUAAGAUUAAGAAGCAAUCCCUUAUGAGAGGGCCUCAUGAUCAUCAAAAACAAAGUACAUGAGCUGAUACACAAGGACUACAAAAAUGAUAUGUUAAAAUCAAAUUCUUCACUUAUUUUACAAGCUAGGAUAGAAC